GAAAGAACAAUAAUAGAAUAGAAUAGAAUGCACAUUUGACGCUUCGUUGAUGUUGUAGUCUUUUAGAAUUUAAAAAUCAAACGUCUACACGGAUAGCAAUACAUGUACCUACUUGGUAGAGGAACCUUAUAAUCUAAUGCGUGACAUAUAAUUGUUCAUUACGUAGCUGCACGCGAUUUCAAUUGGUACAGUCCUUGUUGCACAUGGAACACAGUUUUGUUGUAUGAAGAUUGUAAGCGUACAGCUGUAGAGAAUGUAUUUGGAUUUUACGGAGGACUGAAUGUUAUUUCCGAUAUUUAAUCUUACGUUGAAAGGACCACGUUUAUGCUAAGUUACGAAUAUUGAGCUCACGCAAUCUCCUGAAUUGCUGCUGGAAGAUUGUUCCUGACAUACAAAAAGAAUUUUUAAAAGUUGAUACUAUGAAGCAUCUAUUCGACGAGAGCGACUGGAAUGUCUAUAAGUGUGAUGUAUUAAAUUUGAGUGUAGGCACUCCUGGCUCAGAUUUACUGGAACAGUGCUGUGAGAACUUUAAGAUUGCUUCGGUACACCGAAUGAAUCUUGAAAAAAAUAAAAACAAUGCUUAUUUGUUUCAAUAUGGUCCAACUCCGGGUAUAGAGGAGGCCCGUAAUGCUAUUGCAACGUUUUGUACUGAUAAAUAUCAAAGCGAGGUGAAGAGUGAUGAUAUGAUAAUAACCAGUGGUGCUACUCAGGGUUUACACUUUGUAUUGACAACAUUAGUCGAUUUGAAUGGAGUAGUAUUUAUUGACGAAGUGACAUAUAUGAUAGCUCUUGAUGCUAUAAAACAAAUUGAUACAUUACAAAUAAUACCAAUUCCAUUGACUGAUGAAGGUGUUGACUUAUCUCGAUUUGAGUGCAUUUUGGAGGAAAAAAAAUUCAAACCGAAAAACAAGGAAUUUUGGGGUAUUUAUUACAGCAUACCAGUAUACCACAAUCCCACAGGCUUACUUUUCUCAGAGGCGGUAUGUGAAGGAUUGGUGAAAUUGGCACGUAAAUAUGACUUUCUCAUUUGCUGUGAUGAUGUUUACAAUAUACUUAAUUAUUGCGGAAAUGCUCCACCAAAACGUUUAUAUGCAUACGAUAAGAACACUGAUCCUGAUUUUCGAGGCAAUGUUAUCUCGAAUUGCAGUUUUUCAAAGAUUUUAGGACCAGGUUUACGAUUGGGUUGGAUCGAGACUUCGCCUAGAAUACGAACAAUUCUAUUAAAAUCUGGUGUUAUUAGAAGUGGCGGAUGUUUUAAUAACUACACCUCAGGCAUUUUAACCAGUUUGUUUGAGCUUGGCUUGGCGCAGACCCAAAUAAGUUGCUGGAAAGAAAUUUAUAAUGAACGAAUGGUGGCUACUUGUGCAAUAUUUCAGAAACAUUUGCCAGUAGGUUGUAGUAUAAAAUCACCUGGAGGAGGAUAUUUCAUUUGGAUUUCCUUGCCUAUAAAUACGGAUGCAAGUGAUUUUCUUCAGUUCUGUAAACGUGAGGAAAAAAUUAUUUUUAUACCUGCUUCAGCAUUUUCUCUGGAUGGGAAAGCCAAAAAAAAUUGCUUCCGGAUAUCGAUCGGAUUUCAUAGCACAGAAAGAUUAAUAGAUGGCGCUAGUAGAAUUUGUUCAGCAAUUACACGGUUUUUAAAAUUAUAAUUUUUUUUGAAAAUUUUUGUAGUUUCAUAUGGUAUAUUUUUGAUAAAAUUCUAUAACUUUUAAAAUUGUAUAGACUAACUACAUAAUUAGCUUUCAUUGUUACUCAAUGUAUUUCAUUGUGUCAAUAUUUUAAAUUUAAUGUCAAUAAAUAACGCAAAAUGGUGUAAAAAUAAAAGUUGGUAUGGUAUCGAGAAUUGUUGUAGCAUAAAAGAUCAACUAUGGUCGCAAUGCUCCGCUCUGUUAGAAGACGGUACCCUGUUUAUCUCUAUUCUAUCUAGAAGUGUUUUUUUAGAUGGUUAUAUUAUCAGGACUAUUUUGGU